GAGCCUGGACCGAAAGGACACAAGGGCGAGAAGGGCAGCAGGGGUGACCUGGGCCAGCAAGGGGAUGAUGGCUUCAAGGGCAAGCCAGGACCCCACGGUGUCCCUGGGAGGCCAGGACCCAAGGGAAAGCAGGGUGACACUGGCCCCCCUGGCCCACAGGGACACCCUGGAAUUCCUGGAACACCGGGCUCGUCUGGACCCAAAGGGCUGAGAGGCUUCCCGGGCCUGCCAGGCCCCCGGGGCACACCAGGAUUGCCGGGUCUGGCUGGCCCCCCUGGUCCCAGUGGGCCUGCACUGAUGCUGUCCCAGGAGGAGCUGCAGCACCUUAUUUACUCCUCCAACCACCUGAAUUACACCGUGGUCUGGGCUCUGCUGGACUCCCUGAGCCGGGAGCUCCAAGCCCUCGUGGAGCAUCCCAAUGGCACCAAAAGCAACCCAGCCACCACCUGCAAGGAGCUGCUGCUGGCUCACCCCGGCCUGCCUGACGGGCAAUACUACAUCGACCCCAACCAGGGCAGCCCCCAGGACGCGCUGAGGGCCUUCUGCAACUUCACAGCUGGGGGGGAGACCUGCAUCGCUCCCGUCCACAACCAGGUCCCCAUCAAGGCUUGGCUGAGCGCCUACAGCUCUGAGAACACCUUUGAGUGGUUCAGCACCCUGCCCGGGGGCUUCCUGCUGGAAUACGCCGGGGCCAGCCCGGUGCAGCUGCGCUUCCUGCGCCUGCACAGCCACCGCGCCACGCAGAAGGUCUCGUACUCCUGCGGAGCGGCCCCGGAGCGCGGCCGGCCCCAGCCCCGCAGGGAAAUCCGCUUCCUGGCCGACUCCCGGGACCACAGCUAUGCGGCCAGCCUGCAGGGCUGCCUGCUGAACAACGAGUCCUCCAUCUCGGACACCAUCUUCCAGUUCAGCACGGAGCAGCUGUGGCUGCUGCCCCUGCGGGACCUGGCUGUCUUCCACAACGGCGACGCCUCGCACCAGUUUGGUUUCACAGUCGGACCAGUUUGCUUCAGCUGAAAGUGGUGCCACCCAAACCGAGCCAGCUGGUUCUGUCCCCACCCAAGAGCCAUCCCAAUGGGGACAAGUGGAUGCUGGGGGUGGCACAGGGCUCCCACCUGCUCCACAGAGCUGCCGGUUCCGAGCUCCGUGUUUGGAGCUGUGUUAUGUCCCGGACUCCACUUCCUUCUGGAGUAGAGGAGUAUUGUUUACAAAAGUCAUUUCUCUAUAAAUUAUAUAUUAUAUAUGUAUAUAUUAUAUAUGAGAAGGUGCUGAUUUAAUGAGUGCUUGGGGGAGGUUUGUGUAAUUAUAGUCACUGGGAACUGUCUGUAAGGAAAAAAAAAAAAACAAGGAGCAAAACUAGUGCCAGCUUGGGAAAAGGGGAAGAAAAGGGCUUUUCUUUGCCAGGGUCAAGUGCACAAAUAUUUGGAGGACUGAUUGACCAGGACUGGGCUGGGAAGUGGCCCUGGAGCCUGGGAGAGCCCAGUGUGGUGCUGCUCCUGCAUCUCCCUCCCAGCCAGGCACCAAGUGCUGCCAAGGGGUUAAAAUGUUAAUCUCCCCCAAAUUCUGCCUCUGUUUUGAGUCUCCACUUCACUGCAAGGGAUUUGUGUAGUGUAGAGCCAGGCACUGUAGCACUGGGUGCCUUUGUGGGCAUCUGCACCUGCUGGCACUUGGGGAAACUGAGGCAGGGCCAGCUGAUCACACUAAUGGGGAUGGUUGGAAUGUCCCAGCAUGGAACCAACAUCUGUGUGCUUCUAGUCACAGCUGGAAGGAAAGUUCUCCUUUGUCCUGCCUGUCUAUAGAGAAAAUAAAAUCACAGAAUCCUAAA